GGCAAUCGAACUCAGGUUACUCAGCAGGAGACCCGGGGCUGCGUCCUAUCUUCUACCGUCAUGUCGCAGUCAACAGCCGCGAUCCAUAUCAUCUCAGGGAGGCCUGCUCUCGACGAGAGCUACUACAACCCGGAUGAAGAAGAGCUAGCAUUCUUCAAGUCGCAAACCGGUAUCACUGACGAGAAGGCCCUGAAGGACCAUAUCGUCAGAAUUCAGACGGACGCAUACCAGGUGUACCCGUACCCGUGCAUACGUCGGUUUGCCUUCAUGAAGCUCAAAAUAUCCCGCCUGCCCGCGUACUCAAAGCUGCUGCGCUUAGGAAACGAGCGUGAAGGAGCGAUAUUUUUGGACAUCGGAUGCUGUUUCGGAAACGAUGUCAGGAAAGCAAUCUCCAGCGGCUAUCCAAUGAGGAACUGCAUUGCCUCGGACUUGGAGCCAGACUUCUGGAAGCUCGGCCAUCGUCUCUUCAACACGACGCCAGAGACGUUCCCGGUCCCUUUCAUUGCAGGUGACGCCUUUAAUCCUGAAUUCCUGAAGCCGGUACCGCCCUUUGACUCGGUCCCCGAGUCGCCGGGACCGCAGCUUUCCCGGCUCACAACCCUCACACCGCUGCUCGGGCACAUCUCCGCCAUUCACGCGUCUUCGCUUUUCCAUCUAUUCGACGAAGUACAUCAACUUCAGCUUGCGCGCUCCCUUGCGGGUCUUCUCUCACCACAGCCCGGCUCGCUCAUAUUCGGCAUGCACGGCGGGCGCUCAGAGAAGGGCUUCAGAACUGAACAGGGCGCCCCGGGUCAGACUGGGACGUACAUGUUCUGUCAUUCUCCAGAGAGCUGGGAAGAGCUAUGGGAUGGCGAAGUCUUCGAGAAGGGCACUGUGCAGGUGGAGGCGGAGUUGCAGGAGAUAGAGCGAAGAGAUAUCAAGGCGGCACCGGGAACGAAGUUUUACGAGCUGGUGUGGUCCGUUACGAGAGUGUAAAAUGCAGUAUGAACCGGCGUGUCAGAAGGGUCGAGUUGUGCAGCGCGCAGAUGUGUACUAUGAAUAGUUUGUAUAUACUUAGAGUUUGACUGAUGAACACCGGAGAGGAAAGAAGCUCCUUUAU